CGUAAUUUUAUCGCUUGUAGUUAAUUAGAUUGUAUUUUUGUGAAAUAUUUGUCUAGCUAAAAGCAAGAUUUUGUAAACUUCUAAUUCGUCAUUUUUUAGAAGAGUAUCGGACGUCGUUUGGAGGUUUCUUUUUAUUCCCAGCGACGUCGAUAACGAACGUUCGAAAAUUUGAGUUCUACGCUCUACGUCAGAUGUCGACAGCAUCAGUCGGUAGUUGUGUGUUCGAUGUUUUCGCGACCAUAAUACUUGCUCCUCUCUUUUCUUGAGUGUUCGAUUACUCCAAGAUCAUUGAAAACUCAUCGAGGAUAUGAUUAAUCGUGUUCGACCUCGUCUCGUCACCUUCGACGUAACCGGCACAUUGCUGAUGACCAAGCUCGAGGAGCAUUACGUCGAAAUCGGCUCCCAGCACGGUUUACUUGUCGAGCCAAAGAAAUUGGCGCGAAGUUUCAAAACCAACUUAGCACAACUCAGCAAGGAACAUCCGGUAUACGGUAAACACACCGGAUUAGGAUGGAGGAACUGGUGGAAAACAAUCGUGCAUAAUGUGUUUAGAGAGCAGCAUGCGUCCGUGCCAACAGACACGUUGGACAAGGUUGCUGACAGUCUGAUAAGUUGCUACGGUACCAGCAAAUGCUGGUACAAGUACCCUGGUACCACUGACCUACUCAACUUUUUGCAGAAGAAGAACAUUGUUUUGGGAGUUAUCUCUAAUUUUGAUCAACGAUUGGAAGCAAUUCUCGAAGAUGUUCACAUUCGUCAAUAUUUUGCCUUUGUUUUGACAUCAUAUGAUUUUGGAAUGGAAAAGCCAAACCUGUUAAUAUUUGAGGAAGCACUGAGAUUGGUGAAAUAUUUUCAAAAGGAAGAAAUAUUGCCUCAAGAAGCAACACACAUCGGCGAUACAAUGGAUAACGAUUAUUUCGGAGCAAAAAAUGCUGGUUGGAAUGCUUUAUUGAUAAAGCAUGACGACAAAAUUGAUGAAAGCAAAGUGCCAAGGGAAGAUGUUUUUAAAAAUUUAAAUGAACUUCAAAGACAUUUUGAUAGAAUUCUUAAAACGAAUUAUAUAACACAAUGAUAAUUAUUUAUUAUUCAAUAUUUUAGAUUUAUUUGGCAACACAGCAUUAUUUUUAUAUUAAUAGCUUUAAUUACUAUAUUGAAUACCUGUGCCAAAAAUAGUUUGAUAAGUGAGUUAAAUAAGCAAACUUAAUUUUUUUUUAUGGUUUUCUUCAUAUUCAUAAAUUUAUGCAGUUUAUUUUAUUUUAUUUUAUUAUAUCAUAUCUUUGGAGAUCUUUGAUAUAAAUUGUAAUAUACUGUGCUAUGCGUUUUUUAAAAUAAUUUAUAUUAAUGAAUAUCAUGUAUAUAAUAGAAGUUAUUAGAAAUUAAAAAUACAAAAA